UCUCACUACACAAGAAAUACGAACUCUUACUUUCGCGAAACUCAUAAAGAUGUCCGAUAGAAACGUGAAUGACAAUAUUAUGGAUGGCAAAGAGAAACUGUGCUCAGAGAAGCUAGAUAUUAUAAAAUAUCUAGUUGGUGUUGUAAAAAAUGAAGAUUUCAUUUCACAAAUCUGUGUUGAUCUCUCUACUAAAAGACAGAAAACUACAUCUGAAGUAUUUCUUUUACCGGGUAUCGAGGGAUGUGGAACUGUAUUUAAUUACUUAGCAUCAAAUAUUGAAUUUUCAGCAACGUCCUUGCUUUAUAACAACAUCGAUACUACUACAAACAUUGUAUCUGAGAAAACUGAUUAUCUUAUAAUAAACCAUAUAUUACCAAAGCUUAAAGAUGAAAAAGAUUUUAUAAUAGUAGGAUACUCUUUCGGAUCUAUUAUUGCAGUUGAAUUAACAAGAAGAUUAGAAACUAUGAAUUUUAAAGGCCGACUAGUUCUUAUCGAUGGCGCUCCUAAACAAAUGAGAAAAAUACAUGAACAUUUUGCAUCAAAUUUUAGUGAUGCAGACCUUCAGAUAUUCAUUCUAACUAAUAUUAUGGAAAUUUAUUCUGUAGGAAGUAAUAAAAAG